AUGUCAAGUUUACUACCCGAGAAGUUUUUAACAUUACCGUCCGAAUUACAACAGGUGAUAUUUGAUAAUAUACCAGAUGAGUACUUAAUUCAAUACAUAGACAUCCCCGCAAUUGGCGAGCUUGCGCUUGAUGUGCUUGCCUCAAAUGUAAUUAUUUUCAAAGAAACUCCCAAGCUCAUUCGAGAACUUAUCAUUGGAAAACAACCAUGGAAAUAUAUCGAGCCUAUGUCUGAUGGACCUUUCAAGGUUUCUCCUUUGAAGGCUAAACAUAAGAUAAGAUUUGACAUAACUGGAUUUUUAAGAUUUAUCAAGAAAUAUCCCGAAUUCAGACCCCAAAAGCUAUACGUCGACGAACUUGCUGGGCUCGAAGCCAUCCAGAGAAAAUGUAAAUGGGUAAUAGAUCACUCGACAUUUGUCUCUGUCGCCAGACGUAAUAAUUCUUAUAAAAGAAAAAUCUUCCGCGCACUAUCUAAAUGCAAUGAUAAUGUGAGCUAUCAUAUAAAUACUAAUAGAUGCGAUGACUUUGAUAUCGGUCCAUAUGAUCCUAUACCAUCAAAAUUAGUAGGUCUAACAUAUGGAAGGUUGGCGCUUUUAAAUCCUGACCUUGAACCGUUUUCCGCCUAUGAGUUAGGACCUUUUCCUGAAACAUUAACGUAUCUUGAUAUGUACAUGGAACGGACGAAGUCGUUCAACCCAGACUUGCCUAUUUCUUUGAAGCACAUGACCAUUGAAUUUGAACUGAUGUCUGAAGCCGAAGAAGAGGAAGGAUUGUCAUCACCAAUGCAAAUUGACAUUGGACAUGCAAUUAAUCUUCAAACGGUCUGCUUUAAGGGCAUAAAUUCGCUUGAUUUUAGACGUUUUAAGGCUCCACAAGGACUUAGAAAUUUGGCUAUUCAUAGCUGCUUACUACAUGGUAACUGGAUGUCGUUGUCAAAGUUUACGAAAAUGAAGUAUUUGCAUAUAAGGACUGAGGGAAUUGAAUCAAAUUUAGUUGCAGAUUUCCCUACAUCUUUAAAGCUAUUGUCUGUUUGGACGGUCCCACCAAUAAAGGCUGAGGUAUUUGACAUCCCACCCAAUCUUGAGUUGUUGGAUUUGCGAUUUGUUACAUUACCCGUUCCACCUGCAAAAAUCCAAUUUCCGAACACUCUCAAGGACUUGUUUAUAGCCGAUUUCGAUAGGACGUAUGUUUGGCACAAUAUUAAGCUUCCUCAAGUUGAGAAAGUAACGCUUUGCACUAAUGCUGUACCCACUUUAGAAUUUCUACCAAAAUCAAUACGUGAGUUUACUUUUCAUUUGACUUCCUGCUUACUACUUUUCAAUGUCAAUUUAUCGGAAUAUUCGAACAUGACUUCCCUUUCAUUGAUUAAACUGGAAAUUGUGUCAUUUAAUUUCAAGCUACCUCCGAACCUAGAAAUUUUGAACUUGAGAGAGAACUCCUUGGAAGAAAUCCAAUUGGAUUGCCCUAAGUUACGGGUAUUAGAUAUUUCUCACAACAAAUUUACCAGCCUUAACAAAUCCAAUUUAAAAUUACCAAAGGGGCUAAAAGAAUUAUAUUUGGGCGACCAUCAAUUAGUGAACCGAGGGCAAAAGACAUCAUCUAGAAAGGAACUACACUCGCCGUUAUUUGAAAAUUGCUUUCCAGAAUCGUUGGAAGUUUUAUGCAUGCAGACUCUGAACAUAAACUGUACAAUAUUGAAAAAUCUCAAAUUAUCAAAAUGUCCAAAUUUAAAAGUUCUUCGCCUACAAACCAACCCUAUUACACUGCUUAACUCAGCAUUGUUUCCCAAGUCAUUAGUGUACCUUGAUCUCUCAAUGAAUGAGAUUGAUAGAAUUGUCAACGGUAACUUUUCACGUUUCAAAUCGUUGAGAGGAAUGAAUGUUAGUUUUAAUGACUUCUCUGACAGCUGGAUGGAUAGAAGUAUCAUAUUUCCUCUGUCGUUGGAAUAUCUAAAUAUGACAAGCUGCUUUCUUACAAACUUACACAUCCAGAAUCUAAUCAUAGAUGAUUGCAAGAAUUUACAGUGGGUAUUUCUUGCAGGGAAUAAAUUCAUUGCUGAUUUGAAUGAUUUUCUCAGUGCCAUAAAGAAAUUCUGUCCAUUGAUAUCUUCUGUUCACGUUGAUGAAUCGAAUUAUAAGGCAUUUAAGUCUUCGUGGUUUAACUUCCUAGAUUUGACAUAUGACGAGAUAGAAUAUCGAGUUAUGUGUAAGAUGGAUGAAAGCUUUUUCGAAGAGUAUUUUUCAAACUUUAUGUAA